GUGGCGGCGGCAGCGGGGCGAUGCGGCUGCUGGCGCUGGCGGCGGCCGCCUUGCUGGCGCGGGCUCCGGCCCCGGACAUCUGUGGGGCCCUCAACGUGACCGUGUCCCCGGGGCCCGUGGCGGACUACCGGGAGGGCGAGAACGCCACCCUGGUCUGCCGUGUCUCCCAGAAGAGGUGGGCGAACAGCCUGCUGGCCGUGCGCUGGUUCUUCGGGCGCCCCAGCGCCAAGGUGACCCUGAUGGUGAGGAGGAGCAAGCACGGGGCGGUGAAGUUCUACGGCAGGUUCCACAACAGCUCCUUCCAGCAGCGGCUGCGCCUGCGGGAGCAGAGGCAGGGCCGGCUCCACAACUACACGCUCUCCCUUCUGAGCCUCCGGCCGGCCGAUCAGGGGCAUUACGUCUGCAAAGUGCAGGAGAUCACCCAGCAGAGGAGCAGGUGGACCGUCCUGUCCAACAGCUCCUCGGAGACGGAGCUGAGAGUGAUUCCCCUCAAAGCUGCUGAGGAUGCAUCCUUUGGGAAGACGGGGACGUGGGCGUUUUUUGCAGAUCUGUACGUGUGCGCCGUGCUGCUGUGCUGCGUGGGCAUCCUCAGCGUGCUGCUCUUCACCCUGGCCAUCGCCUGGCAGUCUGUGCUCAGCAAGAGGAAACCCAGAGUGAGAAAAUAUUUGGUGAAAUGCCCUCAGAACAGCUCAGGGGAGACUGUCACCAGCGUGACCAGCCUGGCCCCCUUGCAGCCCAAGAAGGGCAAGCGGCGGAAGGAGAAGGCUGACGUUCCCCCUGAAGUCCCCGCCAAAGCGCCCACCGCCACCACGCCCCACAAGCUGAAGCUGCUGAAGCCACAAAGGAGAGACGCCCUGCCGCGGAUCGCCGAGGAGAACCUGACCUACGCCGAGCUAGAGCUGACCAAGCCCCCGCGGGCGGCCAAGGGUGCUCCCACCAGCACUGUCUACGCCCAGAUCCUCUUCCAGGAGAACUCGCUGUAGCUCCUCCUCCCGUGGCCCUGUGUCAGCCUGCCACCGUUAUUUAUGAACCUGGGAAGCCAAGUCCUCGUUUUGUAUCUUCACGUGUGCCUUCUGUGAGGUGGAGUCCCUGUCUUAGGGCGUCCUGGGUGCUCCUCACCUCCAGAGCGGGGCCAUGGCCCGGGGACAAGUCUUCUGGAGAGUGUUUUCUGGGUAUCCAAGGAGAUGCUCUGCUGAGCCAAGCCCCUUCCCGGUCUCAGCUUCUUCCUCUGGAUUUUAAUUCUUUUAAAUCUGAAUAUUAAUCUU